CCUGGAAUUACCAUCUCGAAUCACCAAGCGAAUCUAAUCGGCUCCUCGGUGUAGCAGCAGAACAAACAAGUGCUACUCCUCACUCGACCACGGACAGCCCACAAUGUCGCGGCCUAUGAACGAUGACGAGGUGCUGACAGAGAUGAAGAAGAUGGUGGCCUUCAUCAAGCAGGAGGCCAUGGAGAAGGCGCGCGAGAUCCAGGUCAAGGCCGACGAGGAGUUCGCCAUUGAGAAGGCAAAGAUUGUUCGUCAGGAGGCACAGAACAUCGAGGCGACGUACGAGAAGAAGAAGAAGCAGGCGAGCGUCGCCCAGAAGAUCGAACAAUCGAACCAGACGAACAAGUCUCGGUUGCGGGUCCUGCAGACGCGCGAGCAGCACCUCGAUUCGCUUUUCGAUGGCGCCCGCCAGCGCCUGACGGACCUGACAAAGGACCAGGCAAAGUACGGCGAGCUGCUCAAGAGCCUCAUCGUUCAAGGACUGCUCCAGCUCAUGGAGGAGAAGGUCGUGGUCACGGCACGGUCCAGCGACGUGGAGCUCGUCAAGAAGGCGGCAGGCGAGGCAGAGGCUGCAUACAAGGAUAAGAGCGGGCGCUCAACAAAGAUCGAGGUCAAGGAAGGCCUUCAGAAGGACUGCCACGGCGGUGUCAUCCUGACGGGCCAUGGAGGACGGAUCAACAUCAACCAGACACUGGACGAGCGCCUUCGCCUGCUCGAAGACCGCAUGCUGCCCGAAAUCCGAAUGGACCUCUUUGGUCCGAACGAGAACCGAAAGUUCUACACCUGAUACACAGGCCCUCUUCUAUCAUCGGAUUGCUCGUAUGGUAUUUCUCGGACUAAGGCUUCUUCAACAGCGAAUUGAUCUCCUGAACAAUCUCUGCCGCCAGCCGGGCAUUCUCCGCCUCAAAGUCGUACCUCUUCUGAUCAUUCUCCCUGGCCACGAUGAGUUUGAAGUUGCUCGCGAUCCGGCUUUGCUGCUUGCACGACACGACUGCCCCGAUGGGAAAGCUGGCCGUGGCGCUGUGCGUGUUGUAGAAUGCGCGGGUAUCCGUGGGA